UUUUUAUCUUAAAUUCAGCUUCAGCCUUCUCAGGAAAGACGAAACAGAUUCAAAAAUUCAGGAUUAAUAUUUAUUGUUUAGUAUGAAAUGACUUGAAAGUGUAAAUUAGAAUUUAAUAUUAUAAAGUACCUAAUGUUAUUAAUUUUUAAUAUAUUAUUUCAAGUAAACUUGUGUUUAAAAAUAUAAAUAUUUCAAAAUACAUUUUUAGUCAUCAGCAUAAUAUUAUUUUAUACUGUAAUGUCUGCAUCAUCUGAAAUUAAGGAUGAACGUAAAUCUCGAUAUGGAGGAGGACCACAUGGGUUGGGAGAUCCUGAUAGCUAUUCAUUGAGAAAAAUUGAACAAAAUGUAGUAAUACCAAAAAUUGUAAGAGAAAGAGCAAAAUAUGAAAAAUGUUCUGAAGAAAAUAAAGUGUUUGGAGAUUGUUGUUUGAAUACUGGAUUCUGGAUGUUCUAUAAAUGCAGAACAGAAGUAAAAGGAUUAAAUGAUUGCAUGUCCAAGUGGUUUACUAAUGAAGAUUUUAUUAAAGAAUGUCGAGAUCAAUAUUUACAAGAACGAAGACAAUACAGACUUACAGGAGUUAAAAAAAAUCCAGAAGUACAGAAAAUAAAAAGUUGAAUAUUUUAAAAUAAUUAUAGAUUAGAAAAAAAAUGGCUUAAAUUAAUCAUUAAAUCUGUAUAUUUUUGUUUUUAGUCACACAAUAUACUGUUUUUGUGUAAAGUUUA